AUGGCUGCCAAUGGUCCCACAAAUGGACGUUUAUCAGCACCUGCAAACACAAGUUGUGAUAUGCUUUGUGGGAGUAUAUCUAAUGAUGAUUCACCACCCGACUACAAACCGGGCGGUUCGGCCGGACUACCGGUCACAAAAGCGGAGAAUGCAGAUGGAAAAAAGCAGUUAUUGAAUGGAAUGCACCGUAUACAUCGAAUAAUGACUGAAGAGGAAAUCGCUCAAGGCAAACAACCUCGAUGGACUGAACUCGAAGUGCAUGGUCGAGUGAAAAACGUUAGUCCAGGCCUUUGGCAGAUGACUUCUUUAACAGCGUUGUUUUUGAACGGCAAUGCGUUAACAAGAAUUCCUAGCGAAAUCUCGCAGCUGGUAAAUUUGACAGUAUUAGAUUUAUCAUUCAAUAAGUUGCGGAGUUUACCUGCCGAAUUGGGCGACAUGAUCUCUUUAUGCCAUCUCUACCUCAAUAGUAAUCUGCUUAGGGUUCUUCCCUAUGAACUUGGAAAGCUAUUCCGACUGCAAACAUUAGGAUUGCAAGGUAAUCCCUUAUCGCCAGAGCUAAGUAAACUAUAUGGCGAACCGAACGGCCAGCAGAAAGUGUUGCACUUUCUUCUUGAUCAUCUUGCCAGUAAGUUAUUAUUAUUUAUUUGUUCGGUUUACUUCUGUUGGUUUCGUUAUUGUUUUACAAUAUUGUUCUUACAAUGGUUUUGUCAAGCUUACGCUUCACUCAUGUUUUUGCAUCUUUGA